UCGCCCUCGGCGUGCGUUUCCCGAACGCGAAACGUGUGUUUCGCGAUACUCGCGCGCAUCGCACCAUCACACUAGACGAAAACUAAUUGCAUCUCUCCGAAUUUCCAUCGUUAUUUAUUAUCCCUAUUAAUUCAAUCCACUAUCUACACUACUUGCAGUUUUUUAGCCACAAGUGAAGAAGAACUUGCAGUGAUCGGACCAAAACUCUCCCAAAAUGUUAAAGUGCAGUGUAUUAAUCAUCAGCGUUAUAACUAUCCAUAUGGUUUGGUUCUCGGAGUCUUCGAUUUCGCUCCUGAAGAGUUUGGGCGAUGCGAAUUUAAAGCAGCACGUCGUGAUCGGCCAUAACUUGUCGUCGAUCGUUUUGGAUUUUUCACAUCGGACACGGUACACGCGUUACGCGCGUCCGCCAAAGGUGCACGUCGAUGAUAACAGCACGUUCGAUAAGAACGCUAAUGAUAUGGAAGGACGACGAAAACGAUCCGCAAACGCACAUUUCAGCAAGAACAUCACCACGCUGCUGGAAAACCUCCUCAAGAACUAUGAAAGCUCACAAUUACCAUCACAUGGACAAGACAAACCCACCGUUGUGAAGACGAACAUUUUAAUCCGUAGCAUGGGGCCCGUCUCGGAGUUGGAUAUGGAAUACUCGAUGGACUGCUAUUUUCGUCAGUAUUGGCGCGACCGGCGAUUGUCUUUUCUCGGCCCCAUCAAGUCGCUGUCGCUUUCCAUCAAGAUGCUGGAACGCAUCUGGCGGCCGGACACCUACUUCUACAACGGCAAAAACUCUUACGUGCACACCAUCACCGUGCCCAACAAACUGCUCCGCAUUAGUCAAGAUGGCGACAUUCUGUAUUCCAUGCGGCUGACGAUUAAGGCGAAAUGCCCGAUGGAGUUGCGCUCGUUUCCCAUGGACCGACAAUCUUGCCCGCUCAUCCUUGGCAGCUAUGCAUACACUUCCAACGAAUUGGUUUAUCAGUGGUUGGACGACGCCAGCGUGAGUUUCAUUCCCGGAAUGACUCUAUCCCAGUUUGAUCUGAUGAGCUUUCCGUACAGGAAUUUCACGUUUCGCCGGCGCGAAGGUGAAUUUUCCGUCCUGCAAGUAUCUUUCAAUUUGCAACGACAUACCGGAUACUUCCUCAUACAAGUAUAUGUCCCUUGCAUACUGAUCGUGGUCCUUUCUUGGGUGUCAUUUUGGAUUCAUCGCGAGGCAACUAGUGAUCGCGUCGGACUGGGAAUAACAACCGUGCUAACAUUAUCUACGAUAAGUUUGGAUUCACGUACGGACCUGCCUAAAGUGCGUUAUGCUACCGCGUUGGACUGGUUUCUGUUAUCUUGCUUUUUCUAUUGCAUUGCCACUUUACUGGAAUUUGCUGGAGUGCAUUACUUUACUAAAGUCGGCAGUGGGGAGAUCCCAGUUGACGAAGAUGAGUGGGUCGAUUGUAUGGACCAACAUGACGAAAUCGUCGUAAGAAACCCCAUGGAUUUAGUGGAUAAUACUGUUAUGGGAAACGGAAAUGGCAAUACUCAUACUCGACGCAGGAGUUCUUUGAUAUGUCCUAUUUAUAAUAACCCCGGAUUAAAUGUAGGCCUUCAUUAUGACCGAAGAACAUCACUGACCAAUAAUACACCACCGCCAUCUGUUCGUCUAACAAUGGAGCGCCAAACUCAGACAGAAUAUCGGCUACCAAAAUGGCGUCAGUUUUGGAAGUGUUUGAUAGGUGAUGAUAAAUUCCGUAAACAAAGACAAAGAGAAGCCGCUGGAAGUGGUGGAAGUGAUCAUGGCGCAAGACACAUUAAUAGUGUGUCAUACAUUGACCAAGCAGCAAGAGUAAUGUUUCCGUUGUCGUUCACCAUCUUGAAUGUUAUUUACUGGCUGAUUUACUAUACAUAUCAGGAGGACUUUAAGUGGGGUGAUACGCCAUUGCAUUCUUUAAGCCAUUAAACGCAUUUUUCGUUUUCUUUUGGCGUAAUAAUUCAGUUUAAACGUAAAAUUCAUUCAUAUAAUUGUGAAUGUAUUUAUUAUUCAUCAACUCGG